UCUGCGCUGGAAGAAGCUUAUAAUGCAGUGAAGGAGAUCGUGUCCGAGGUGGAGCAGUACGUCAAGGUGUGGCUCCAGUACCAGUGUCUGUGGGACAUGCAGGCCGAGAACAUCUACAACCGUCUGGGAGAAGAUCUCAACAAGUGGCAGGCGCUGCUCGUGCAGAUCCGCAAAGCUCGAGGCACGUUUGACAACGCAGAAACCAGGAAGGAGUUUGGGCCGGCCGUCAUCGACUACGGCAAGGUCCAGUCCAAGGUGAAUCUGAAGUACGACUCGUGGCAUAAGGAGGUGCUCAGUAAGUUUGGACAGAUGUUGGGCAACAACAUGCAGGACUUCCACUCGCAGAUCUCCAAGUCUCGUCAAGAGCUGGAGCAGCAUUCGGUGGAUACGGCGAGCACCUCUGACGCCGUGACCUUCAUCACGUACGUGCAGGCGCUCAAACGCAAGAUCAAACAGUUUGAGAAGCAAGUGGACCUGUUCCGCAACGGCCAGCGUCUGCUGGAGAAGCAGCGGUUCCAGUUCCCUCCCUCCUGGCUGUACAUCGAUAACAUCGAGGGCGAGUGGGGCGCCUUCAGCGACAUCAUGAAGCGCAAAGACACGGCCAUCCAGCAGCAGGUGGCUAACCUCCAGAUGAAGAUCGUGCAGGAGGACCGCGCGGUGGAGAACCGCACCACGGACCUGCUGUCAGACUGGGAGAAGACCAAACCCGUAGCAGGCAGUCUGCGUCCAGAGGAGGCGCUGCAGUCGCUCACCAUCUACGAGGGCAAGUUCGGGCGUCUGAAGGACGACAGAGAGAAGUGUGCGAAGGCCAAAGAGGCGCUGGAGCUGACGGACACGGGUCUGCUGAGCAGCAGCGAGGAGAGAGUGCAG